CACGUGACUUUAACAAAAUGGCUGCAGCUAUCUUCCGUUUUGUCACUGAAGCUAACAAAAGAAAACAAAUGUUUAUACGUUAUUUCCUCGUUAGCAUACGAUAAAUGUACCUCCCACCCAAUAUAUGCACGUAGCUUUAGCUAUAAAGAGCAAGAAAGUAUAAUGGCUGAAGAGGUAACUGGCGUUACAAGCUCAAGCUACUCGGAAGAAGAUCUUAAGAGAAUUUUAUCCCCAAACAGAAAAAAAUAUGAUGAAGAAAUUGAAAUGUUAUUGAGCAGUAUAAAAGACAAUGAACUAAAAAUGGAAUCUAUAAAAAACAUAACCAUUCCUCAAAUCAAAGAUGAACUGAAAGCAUUAAAAGCAGAGAAGAAUGCUACCAUAGAGAAAAGAGCACAGAUUGAUGCAGACUUGGAGAGGCUAAAUAAAGAUGUACCAGAAAAGAUGAGGCAGUUGAACCAACUAGAGUCAUCUCUCAUCUAUAAAAAUGAAGAAAAAAUACACUCAGCCAUCCAAAAGCUGGAAUGGAAUCUUCAAGUGCAGCAUUUUAAAUUGCAUGAAGAGAAAAAGAUUGUCUCAGAGAUAGACCGCCUAAAAAGAUCCAAAAAAACAUUGGUGCAAUAUCUGACAUUAAAGCAAGAAAUUUCGGGCAUUAGAGAUAGACAACGUCGAAUGAGAGAAGAAAGAGAUACUUAUUUUAGGGCAGUUACAAACUUGAAAAAAAAAGAAGAGAAAUUAAAACAAGAUUUUUCUUUGGACAAAACAUCAUUAACUGAAUUGAAAAAAGAUAUUGAUCAGUUAUAUGAAAAGAAACGGCAAGUUGUAGGUAGCUUUAAGAAACAAAGAGAAGAAUUUCAAGGAAUAAGAGAUAGGCAAAGGCGGGAAAGCUGGAGAAGAAAAGAGGAAAGAAAGAAAGAAGAGGCUGAAUUUGACGAUGAAUAUUUACAACUUGUAAAGGAGCUUCAGUUAUGUCAGACAUUAAUAAAUUAUUUGAACCGCUACUACAACUCACCAGUUCAGGAUGUGUCUGUGGACUCCCACUCUCCUUCAUCUAGUCUGGAUGAGCCAGAGACCAUUGAAGAACCUAUAGAUAGUCAGUAUGUUGUGUUAAAGAAAAAUGGAGAAACUCAGGGAGUAGAUUACACAGGAGGACCUAAAAGAUUGUUAAAAAAAAAUCGCAGAUCCCGUAAACAGUCUUGGGCUAAAAAUAUUACUCACACAGCACAAGUAUUAGAACAGUUUAUGGAAUUAAAUUUAAAUGCACCAUCUACAAUAUCAGAUGUGCCUGAUUCACUGCAAAAAUUGAUUGCUAAAAAGAAAUAUCUGGAAAAAGAACAACAGUCUAAUGAAGUAGCUAGUGAAGCUGGGUUUUCUUCAACUGAAAGCAUGUCACGUCAAGCUAGCAAGACAGAAAGCUGUGAAGGUUUAGUGGAGACAAAUCCUGGAGAGAAAGUCUAUGCUGAUCUGCUGAAAGAAGGUGGUGGCUAUGAUAAUUGUGUCACUGCUAGGGGGACUAAGGCAUUGCAAGACAGUUCAACUGACAAAGGUGGCCCAGUUCUUGACAGUUGUAUAAGAUCAGUUGAGACAAAAUUAACAGGGUUUGAACAACAUAUAAAUGUGAUAUCUACUGGUGAUAAUAAUAAUAUUGCCAAAAAUCCCAUAUCAUAUAUUGAAGAACUAAAGCCUUCAUUAUUAAUUGCCUCAAAAAAUCCAAAUGCAGUUUUUGGUAGAGGUAAACACCAAAGAUUCAGCCCUCCAAAAAAUUUGGAUUUUCAUCAAAAAACAAUGAGAAGUGCAUAUGCUAAACAUAAGUGGACAAAUACCUCUGAAUCAGCUUCUUUACUUGUGUCACCCUCUUGGACACUUCCAAAGACUGGAGUCUCUCUAGUUUCUCCCUUAGAUUUUCCUUCAAUAAUGGAAAUGAAAUCUAAGAAGCCAUUAGACAGAGUGGCAUCAAGUCCUGCUACUGUGGAAGCAACCAAUGACAACAAAUUUAUGCAGUGGAAUCUGAAUGAAAAGCAGUCACCAACUGCCAGCCUAUCGCAGUCUCUCAGUUCAUCAUCAAAAUGUCAUAAAAUAUUAACUGCUAGAUUCUCCAGUCCAUCCACUGGUUCAACCUCCCUAUGGCAAGUACAAGAAUCUGUAGCACCUGCUAUUUUAGACAGUGAAGAAUUUCCUCCCCUAUCCCAAGUCAAGAGCCUACCAAGAAGGAGCUCAAAUCUUUCUGUUAAGUCGUCCAAUGGUUGCAUAGCUAAUCAAGACAACCAGGUAGAAGCUACACAGUGCAGUGAUGAACAGUUAUCUCCAUGUAACUGUGACAAAAGUAAUUUACAUGUGAAACUAGAUGAUUCAAAGGGCACAAUAGGUGCAACAACUGCAUCCAGUCCCCUUACUGUCUCACAGAUUCCUCUAGCUGACAAAUUGUCUACAGAAAAGUGGGUUGAAACUAGUGUUGCAUUUACUAAAGACUUGUGCCCCAUCAAUUGUGAAGCAAGUUCUGUUUCUAUCCGUACAGAGUCCACCAGACUCUAAUAUGUUGAAGUAAUUUAAUUGCUGUUACAUUGUGUUGUUUCUGUUGAUUUAUUUUAAGAGCCAUGUUUAAACAUUAAACAGCCCAAUUUGUUGUACUUUUUAGUUUUUUAACCUUCAACAUUAGUUGAUUUACAGAUUAAGAACCAUGUAUUUUAUAUUUGUUUUUAUAUAAUUUUUAAAAAUGAUUUAAAAAAAAAGUUUAUUACAAUAACCUUUUUUAUUCAAGAAAAAUCAUUGCUGCAAAAUGAAUUCAUUGAAUAUAACCAGGAAUAAAAUAGAUGUUUUUAAAGCCAUGUUAUGUAUUUGAUCUAUUUUUCAAUUAGCACGAUAAAGUGCUACUUCAUUGGAAGUGUUUAUUGGAAAAGUUUUUAAAAUUAUUUUUAUGCACUUAACCUUUAUCUAGCUAUAAAAUAGUUAUUUUAUGGGUGUUCAAGAUGUCUUGAAUGAUUUGGUACCUGAGAACUCACUGAGGUAUUAUUACCUUCUGAUUGCUUUUUGAAUUACUAAUUACUUAUAGUUAACACAUUACCAACGUGCUAUAGCUCCAUUUUCUUUUAAAUCAGAAACAAAGUACCAUAGAUUAAGAAAGCCUACUCUUUGUAUUUGUCUUGCUGUUUUAUUUUUGUAUUGACACACUAGUUCUACAUCAUUUUCCUUUUCACAAGCAUGCCAUAACAUUUAUGAUGUCAAUUUAUUAUUAAAAUAUUUUAAUUAAUACAUAUUAAGAUUUUUCUGCAUUUUAAAGACAAUUGACCAGAUGCUGCAACCUAAUUUGAAUGGUAGAUCUAUGGCAAUAUUAAAACUGUUUAGUAUGUGCAUUGUUUUAAGACUUUGUUUAGUCAAUUAGGUUAUAUACUAGUAAAAAAACAAUUUUUUUGCGAACUCAUCAUUCACAAAAAAUGAUAUUCAUUUAUAAAAUUGUAUCAUUGUUACAUGUUUUAAUGUUAACAGUUUAUCUAGAUUAAUUACUUUGCUUAUUGUAAUAAUCGUUUUCUGGGAUUAAUUUGCUUUUUAUUUGAAUGCAUUUAAUAUUUAUUAAGAAAUAUUUUAUAAAUGUAAUAGCGUGAAUAAAUUGACUACUUUGUUUUGGUAUAUUAGAAUUGUAUGUAAUAAAAUUUCCUAUUGAAAUGAAAUACUGUGUAAAAUCGCAGCUAUUCUCUAACUCUAAAUAUGUUAAAACUUUUUGAAAAAUAUUUGUGUAUUUAUAUUUUACAGAAGAGUAGCAUAUAUUUUCACAAUAUUUUUUCAUUUUUUCCCCUAAUCAUGUUUUGUUUUCCUUUAAGUCUUUGUGAUUCCUAACCAAAUGGCUGACCAUUAGCCAUCUCUGUUUAAGUUGCUGAUACAUUGAUUAGUAUAAAUUAGCAUCCCUCUUUUAUUUUUGUUUAUCAAAGCAAAACAACACAAAUUUCAGUAUUUAAGCAAUCAUUGAUGUUGUGAUAUCAUCUUUGGGUUUUUAAAACCCCACUAUGAAUAUUACUAUGAUCACAAUUCUUUUUGUUCACUAGUUAAUCAUUCAGUGAUAUGGUUGUGAUUUCAUUUUACAUCAUUACUUGUUUUGCUUUUGUUAUUUAACAGUAAAAUAUAACCUAACAAUGUACAGGGUCACUUGUUAACCAAAUGGUGAUUUUUGUCUUAUUUAAGAUUUUUAUUUCAAUUCAAUUAAUGUAUUCAAAUUAAAAUGUGCAAGAUAAAUUUCUUCCAGAUUUACAGUGAAAUGAUGUGCUGUUAUUGAAUAGACAAUCCUUUUGAUUAAAAGGACUGUUGUCUGUUAAAUGUACUCAAAGAACUUGUAAAACAUAAAAAGUGCUGCAAAUUUUAAAUAAACUUUUCUACAUUUGUUUUAAGUAACUUCUUAACUAAAUGACAUUUACAUAUAAUCCGUUAAAAUGGGCAUUUGCAUAAUAGCAAAGUAGAAUACAUAAUAGUUUGUUGUUCUAAAAACCGAGACAAUAAUAAACAGAUAGAUUUAAACCACAUAAUAAAUACUACCAUUGUGAAUUCUUUCAAAAGUUAUAAAUGCUUGCUACUUUUGUAUUUUUUUUUUAAAAAAGGUCCAUUUAAUUGAAUAGAAAAAUUGUACAUUAUUUUGUAUGUGUAUGACAAAAUUUUUCUCCAGUCCACAUGUAAUUUAUUCCUAAUGAAUGUGGUCUCAGGUUAUUAUUGGAUGCACAGUUUGUGGUAGUAUUGCUAAUAAGCCUACAGCUGAUGAGUGCCUUAAUACUUAUGUAUUUUGCUGUUUAUUUAUACUUUCUAAAGGCAUUGAAUUAUUCCAUUUGCCAUCAAGUUGGGCUGUAACUAUGGUUCCUUGUUGCUGGUGAUAAUAGGAUUGUGAAUUGUGAAAAUAUACAACACAAUAUUUAAUGAAGAGGUAUUAUAAACUUUCUACUUUCUCAAUACCUGAGAAAAACAUGAGUUUAUACUGUUGUUAAAAAGUUUCUUAUCCAUUUUUGUGGUGUACUGGUUGUUAGUUAUUAUAGGAGAAAUUUAUUAUUUAAAAAUCAAGUUCACACAUUCAAAUUAUUAUUAUUUUGAAUAUUGCUACAUGGUUAAUUUUACAUAAAUUAUUAUCGAAACAAUCAUGCAAUGUAACUGAAAAAAUCAAACUAUUUUUUUAUUUGUUUUCAUUUGUAAUGAAUUGAUACAAAUAAAAACUGAAAUUCUCA